AUGAAAGAGAUUUUGUCUAAGAAAAGAAAAAUGGAAGACUAUGAAAUUGUGGCGCUCACUAAAGAAUGUAGUGCUAUAUUGCAAAGGAUGCUGCCCCAAAGGUUGAGAGAUUCGGGGAGCUUUACUAUACCUUGUACAAUUGGAAAAUUUGAACGAAAGCAUGCCUUGUGUGAUUUGGGGGCGAGUAUUAAUCUGAUGCCUUUAUCUGUGUCCAAAAGACUUGGUUUGGGUGAGGCAAGACCAACAACAAUCACUCUACAAUUAGCAUAUCGAUUAGUGAAGCAUCCAUGGGGUAUCAUAGAAGAUGUUCUUGUGAAUGUGGAUAAGUUUAUUUUUCCUGCUGACUUUAUCGUUCUUGACAUGGAGGAGGAUAUGGAUGUACCUAUUAUUCUUGGAAGACCAUUUCUAGCCACAGGACAAGCUCUCAUUGAUGUUCAAAAGGGAGAGCUUUAA